AUGCCGGAAUAUGUCAAAAUUGUUGAGGUUGGUCCGCGUGAUGGAUUACAAAAUAUAAAGACAUUUGUUCCAACCGAUGUGAAGAUCGAAUUAAUUAAUCGUUUAUCAAAUACAGGAUUACCUGUUGUAGAAGUUACUAGCUUUGUCUCUCCGAAAUGGGUACCACAGAUGGCUGAUAAUGCUGAUGUACUGAAAGGUAUUGACAAAAAUCCAAACGUAUCUUACCCAGUUUUAACCCCAAAUUUGAAAGGAUUUUCUUCAGCGAUGGAAGCUGGUGCAAAAGAAGUUGCAAUAUUUGGCGCGGUGUCAGAAACUUUUACAAAGAAGAAUGUCAACGCUACUAUUAAGGACAGUCUCGAAAGUUUUAACAGCCUUUGUGAUGAAGCAAAGAAAUUAAACAUCAAAAUUAGAGGCUAUAUUUCGUGCGUCCUUGGAUGCCCGUAUGAAGGGAAAAUUGAACCGACAGCAGUAGCAAAUGUUGCCAAACAAUUGAUUGAUAUGGGCUGUUAUGAAAUUUCUCUCGGCGAUACCAUCGGAGUUGGUACACCGGGUUCUAUGGCAGCAAUGCUGAAAGAAGUGACGAAAGUUGUACCAGCAUCUAAGUUAGCCGUACAUUGCCACGAUACAUAUGGACAAGCUUUAGCUAACAUUUUAACAGCUAUUCAGAUGGGAGUAUCAGUCGUAGAUGCGUCAGUAGCAGGAUUAGGUGGCUGUCCUUACGCUAAGGGCGCUUCGGGUAACGUUGCAACCGAAGAUGUGGUUUACAUGCUAAAUGGAUUAAAUAUAAAAACGGGUGUAGAUUUGAAUAGCGUAAUAGACUCCGCCAAAUUUAUUACAGAUUUUAUUGGAAUGCGACCAGAAUCGAAAGUGACAAGAGCAAUAGCUAAAUUAUAA